AUGCCGGACACCUUCAGUGGCUGUGCACAAGUGAAAGCUGUACACGCUUCUGCUUUACUGGGCACCGCUAUCGUUGCCGUUGUUGAUCAAUACAACCGAUCACAAUUACUACGUGCUGUAUUGGAUUGUGGCUCCAUGAGAUCGAUUAUCACUACCCGAGCUGCCCAGCAACUUGGUAUCACCAUCAUGCCCGCACGCAUUCAGAUUAAUGGUAUCUCUGAACAAGCGACCGCUGUAAAAGGUACCACUCAUUUGACACUGCUAUCUCGACCGCAGUUUAACACCUUUCUCCAAACUGAAGCCCUUGUCUUAGAGCAAAUAGCUGGUGACCUACCCGCUUUUCCAAUCAGCAGUGAGCUCAAAACCUCACUUUCACAUUUGGAUCUCGCUGACCCUGGUUUUGACCAACCCAAUAGGAUAGACCUCUUGAUUGGAGCUGACAUUUAUCCUAAUGUAUUUGUUUCUUCCGCCAAUGCUAUUAUACCAGGAAAUCCCGCUGCCUUCGCCACUAUAUUUGGCUAUGUUCUGAGUGGAAAGCUAAAUAUUGAGGACUCGCCUGCUCCGCUUCAUCAGAUGCAACUUAUCUGCACCAUGUUUGCCCGCGAAGAACCGCUUGCUGAGGUCAUGAACAAGUUUUGGGAGACUGAAGAUGUCCAAAUAAAUGCGAAACUCUUAUCACCUGAAGAUGAACUCUGUGAACAGCUCUAUGAGUCCACUACCUACCGCAAUGAUGAAGGCAGAUAUGUAGUCGCACUCCCCUUCAAGCCUAGCGCACCUGUUCUUGUUUCAAACCGCAAGCAAGCUUAUCGAAGUCACCUUGGAUUAUUAAAACGCUUGGAAAAUUCUUCGGAACUAAAGAAGAAAUACGACAACUUCAUGACAGAAUAUCAUGAGCUUGGCCAUUUGGAACUUGCCAAAUCCGCUUCUGACUAUGUGAUUCCACACCAUGCAGUUUUUAAAAAUAAGGACCCCACUCAGAAAAUCAGGGUGGUGUUUAAUGCUUCCAGCGAGGAUACCAAUGGGCAUUCACUAAAUGAGAAUUUGUUACCAGGGCCAAAACUGCAGUCCAAUAUUAUUCAAGUAUUGACCAAAUUCCGCACUUACAAGUACAUUGUCCUUUCUGAUUGCAAGCAGAUGUAUCGCCAGAUUUUGUUAAGGCCUGAAGACUGCCGUCACCAACAUGUUUUUUGGAAACCUAAUUAUCAUGAACCUGCAAAAGAAUUUGAACUUAAAACCGUAACCUAUGGGCUUACUUCCAGUGCUUAUUUAGCACAACGCACAUUGCAACAACUUGUCAAGGAUGAAGGAGAAGCAUUCCCUCUGGCAAGUGAAGUUUUAACAAGUCAAACUUAUGUUGAUGACCUGCUGGGAGGAAGUAACAAUUUUUCUGAAGCACAAACGCUUAUUUCUGAAUUGAUUGAGUUAUUGUCGCUUGGCUCCUUUGAACUUCGGAAAUGGAACUCUAAUACUCCUGAAUUGAUCGCUAACUUGCCUGCAGAAUUUUUGGAAAAUCAAGAUUGUAUGUUUGAUGACAACGCUACUGCAAAAGUUCUUGGAAUUGUCUACAGCCCGCUCGCGGACAACUUUCGCUAUUUCAUUUCUCCUUUUAAUGGGCAAAUCACUAAAAGAACCGUUCUAUCAUUCAUCGCUCGAGUCUACAACCCCCUUGGGUGGCUCACUCCUCUCAUAAUGCUGUUCAUGCGCACGCUGUGGUCUCAGCAAUUAGCUUGGGACACUGAGGUUCCAGCCUCACUUCGAGCUCAUUGGGAGCUGAUUACCGCUGAAAUUUCCCGUUUGGACAAUGUUGUAAUCCCGCGUUUACUCGCCUGUAACCGCUCUACUACCCGGCUGCUUGGAUUCGCCGAUGCCUCCGAAAAGGGGUUUGCUGCUUGUAUAUAUAUUCAUGAAGAGACUGAAAAUAGAUAUGUUAACUGCCGUCUCAUAGCCGCCAAAAGUCAUGUUGCCCCGCUGAAAACUAUGACAAUUCCACGCCUGGAAUUGAUGGGUUGUUUGCUGCUUGCUCGUUUACUAUCCGCCAUCUUACCUACGCUGUCCGAAUAUGAUUUACAAGAAAUUCGACUCUACACCGAUUCCAAGACUGCCUUGGAUUGGAUCAACACACCCACAUACAAAUUGCAGAUUUUUGUUGCCAACAGAGUACAGCAAAUUACUCAGUUAACAAAACUUGAGUCAUGGCAUCACGUUACUUCUGCUAACAACUGUGCAGAUAUUGCUUCGAGAGGCUUGACUCCCGCUGAAAUCGUCUCCUGCCAUGAUUGGUGGCACACUACCAAUGCGUUUUGUUGUCUCGCCACUGACUUUCCCGUGUCCAAUCAUCUUGUUUCCAACAUUGUAUCUGAGAUGAAAACUAACCCGCUGUACAUUCUCGCUACUGUUGAAGAACCAAUUGAGAAUCGUUUGUAUACCGCUAUAGAACGUGUAUCCAAUUUUGGAAAGCUAUGUCGUAUUUUUGUCUACAUACUAAGAUUUGUCAACCGCAUCAAACCAGCCCGUUAUGAAUAUCGCUGCAAAAUAGUCAAACAGAUUGAAACCUGUGAAACGCCUGCCUCAAUUGACACCACCGCCUGUGAAGCUGAAAUAGCUAGAAAACUCAUUGUUCAUGUUGUGCAACGGGAUAAAUUUCAGAAGGAAAUAACAGAGUUGAAAGCUGGAAAAUGUCCUAAGCAUCUACUAACGUUGCAACCGUACAUUGAUGAUUACGAUUUGAUACGCUUAUCUGGUCGUCUUGAGCACGCUCCGAUUUCUAGUGAAGCUAGAAAUCCAUUAUUGCUGCCGAAAAAUGAGCAUGUAUCCUCACUCAUCAUUCGACACAUACAUCUUCAAAAUUGUCAUGCCGGUCCCCGCACCACACAAGCAGCUGUUUGCCAACAGUAUUGGAUAAUCUCUGCCCGCAAUCAAGUUCGCCGCAUAAUACAUCAAUGUGUCAUUUGUAACCGCUUUCGCCGCACCAACCUACAGCAACGUAUGGCCCCGCUACCUGCUGAACGAGUCACCGCCAAUAGACAGUUCAAUUUAACUGGCUUGGACUUUGCUGGUCCUUUCUCAUGCAAAACAUCUUUAUUGAAACGCACACAAACAACAAAAGGUUAUCUGUGCAUAUUUGUAUGUUUGACCACCAAAGCUACUCAUCUAGAGUUCCUGUCCUCGAUGUCUGUCAACAACUUCAUCGCCGCUCUACACCGAUUUAUUGCCCGCAGAGGUGCGCCGCACACUCUGUUUUCAGACAACGCUAAGACUUUCACAUCCGCCGCAAGAAAAAUGUAUGAGUUAGAAAAACUCUUGAAGACGAUGCCCUCUGAAGUGAAGUGCUUUCUGUCUAACUACGGCAUAAACUGGAAGUUCAUUCCCCCUUAUGCUCCGCAUCAAGGAGGCAUAUGGGAAGCCGCCGUCAAAUCCGCCAAAACACUGCUACACCGCUGUAUUGGGGACACAGCUCUUACAUACGAAGAGUAUGACACCAUUUUCGUUAGAAUUGAAAGUAUUCUAAAUAGUCGACCGCUUACAGAAUUGUCCUCUGAACCUGCUGAAGCUGCCUCCGUGCUCACUCCCGGGCACUUCCUAAUUGGUAGACCUCUUACCGCACCACCGCAACCCAUAGAGACGAAGGAACUAUUGGUCGCACGCCGCUGGAGACUUACAAACCAAAUGACCCAAUAUUUCUGGAAUCGCUGGUCCAAGGAGUACCUAUGCACCUUGAUCAGACACACAAAAUGGAAAACCGCUGAAAGAAACUUGCAACUUAACGAUUUGGUCAUAAUCAAAUUUGUCAACACCUCUCCUCUCAGCUGGCCGUUAGGCAGGAUUAUUGCGCUACACCCUGGUAAAGAUGGACUAGUACGUGUAGUCACUAUCAAAUGCGCAUCUGGGAACAUUGUUCGAGACAUACGCAAAGUUCACCACAUCAUUUGA